AUGGUGCAAAGUGAAGGAGGUGAUUCGAUUUUAGACGGGAAGAAACAUGUGCGUGUUACGAAUGACAUGAAAGAUGGGGUUCUGAUUUAUCUCCACUGUCGAUCAAAGAAUGAUGAUCUUGGAGUUCAUGUUAUUGCCAAUGGAGAGUUCCAAGAAUGGAGCUUCAAAGACAACCUCGGUGACACCACUCUCUUUUGGUGUUCCAUGGAUGCAUACAACGUUCAAAUGAGUUUUGAAGUUUAUAGUGCCAAAACUGAUUCUGCAAAAUGUGAUAAACAGUGCUAUCGAAGUCUGAGGAAAGAUGGAGCAUAUUUCUAUUAUCAAUUUCAAAACAUUUGGAAGAAGGAACUGUCAUGGACUAUUCAUGAACCCCCAACUAUGCCCCCCGCUUUCUAA